GGGCAGAAGAUGUUCAGCGUACUGCACGACUUGGGCGAUGUACGAUACAUUGACCGAUUCUCCUCAGCUGCCACUUUCCCCUACUCUUAUGCACCUUCCUGACCGCAAUAGCCGUUGCCCGAACCUCGAAUUGCCCCUGAGCUGCGACGGAGCCAGUAAUGAAUGCAAACCCUCUGCUCUCAUCCCUGCCGCUAACUGCUUCUCUGCCACUACCAUCAACGGGUAGCAGGUACAUUCUGUCCGCCAAGGUUAUCUCUUCGUUGCUUGACACAUCUUCAUGGAUAGGAAUCACGACAGUCCCUCCCUGAGACGACAUGACAGCAAAGUGCCUGACUCCCCCGCGAGACCAACUAUCGGCCGCCCUGACUGCAUAGCUGGUAAACGCAAUGCCUUGCAUGUAUGGUCGAUGCCCCACCAUGUCGCUGGUCGUCUCAUCGCGGGCCGUUUCGCCCCUAAUGAUGCAAAACGCGAGGUUUAGGGCAGCUUGCGCGAUCCCAUCGUUCUUUACGGCUCGCAAGAUGUCUGCCAUGAGACCUACUUGGAGACCGAAGAGCAUGUAUCAGAUCUCGUCCAGGGUAUGUUGACAACUGUCUCCAGAUCGUGACCUCUUUGAACAAGCACAGCAGCAGGUCGCGUAACUGCAAGCUUGUGCCGUCAAAGGAUGCGUGCACCAGCGCGAGGCCCGAACGAGUUCGCGGCACUGCCUGACCGACGGCCACCGCUCGAGCAUCUAUCAUCCAGGCUGGACGAUAUGGAUGCGUCAGAGCGGUUCACUGUCCGACCGUCCGGCAUGUCCGACGCUGCGGCCUAUCGUGGGUGGGUCGCAGCUGUGUCAACCGGAAAAGGCACCCAACUCGUCUGUUCGUCUGUUCGCCUGCCUCUCAGGCGAGACGCACGCCCCCCACGUAUGAGCCGAAUCAGAAAGCUGCACGAUGUGUAUCUUGCGCCUCGCCCCUGCGGUGGUGCAGCCGCCGAAUUUGAUAGAUAGGCGCAAGGGCCCGAUGGACGGAAGUGAUCGCAUCUGGGCGCGACCGGGCCUCCGACCGAUCCGCAACCCGCCAAGAGCGCGACCAGCGGACCGCGAUGAGACCGUGCACGAUGCAACCGGACAUGUGCGCUCCAAGACAUCGUUGUGGGAUGGCGCUGCGGCACGGUUGGGGCUGCGGUCAUGCACGCUGGUCUUGC